AUGUUUUCAUUAUUUAGGAUUUUGUAUGAAUUUGCGAAUGGAUUCAAUCUGUUAUAUACAGGAGACUACAGAUUGUCCAAAGAUGACUGGAUUAAUUGUGAGCCACUCAAGGAUCCCCAGAGACGAAAUGGUUUUAUACGUCUCGAUGCGUUUUACUUUGACAUCACCUUUUGCAAAAGACCGGUAGAAAGCAUACCAACACUGGAACAAAGUCGUGCUUUGGGCAUUCGAAUGGUCAAGGAAUGGUUGGACAAAGAUCCGAGCCAUAAGGUGCUGCUGUGGUGCGGCAGAUACGGUCACGAAUUUUUUCUGAAAGCUAUUUGGGACGAGCUGAAUAUUAAAUGUCACGUGACCGUGGCAAAAUACCGGAUUUAUUCGCAAAUUGAUUGGCUUGCUGACUGUGUAACACCGGUUGCUCGGGAUACACGCGUACACGCAUGCACUGAGAAGCCCAGUGGGAAGGAGGAUUGCUUUUACGAGGAUGGUCAGAGUGUAGUUAUGAAGAAAGAUGGCCGCCUCGUCGAGAAGCUUCAGAUGUCGGCAUGCUGGCUUUGUCGGCCUGAUUGCAAAAUUGUUCGUGUGAUAAGACCCUCAACGAUAUGGUUUGCCAGCAGGAAUGAAAUAAAUGCCGUUGGUUAUGAGAAUGAUCGGUUUUGUCGCUUGCUCUAUUCAGGGCAUGCGUCGCUCUCCGAAGUAGAAACUGCUUUCAGUUUGUUAAGGCCUGCUUUUGCAUAUCCGAACAUUGCGAGUGAACUGAACAAAGAUUUUGUUAAAUAUUUGUCAUACUUCAGGUACUUCUCAAAUUUGCAUGUUUUCCUUAAAUGUUUACAUCCAUUUUUCACGGGGUUGGAGUGGGAAAAGCUUCUUCCUUGGCGUCAGUUUAUCGUUAUGGAAGAAGUUGCAAGUGGAUGA